AGCUCAUUUUCGAGAAAUGAUCAGGAGUGGUUUUCCUGAAUGCUUUGGACUUUUAUUUAUUCUUUUCCGGCACUAUAAAAGUUGUGAAGGUCCGUUUGCCUUACUCAUACGGCGGGAGAACUGUGUUGAAGGAGCAUUAAAGGAACAGAAACCAGAAACAUAUGUUCAGGAACAUGGCGGCGAAAGGACAACAAGAAAAACUCAAGCUCGUUGUGUUUCUUGGAUCUACCAGAGAGGGUCGCCUCGCUGACAGGGUAAAGAAAUUCGUCCUUGAUCACAUACAGAAGAAGGAUAAAGCCGCUAAUGUGAAACGCGAUAUUGUUGUCUACGAUCCUGCAGAAAAAGAGUUCCCACUUUUAAAGAAAGCGUUCCAUUACUACGACAACAAGAGUGAGGCACCAAAAUUACUCCAAGAGUGCGACGCAGAUAUCCAGACAGCGGACCAGUUUUUAUUGAUCUCAUGUGAAUACAACCACAGUAUACCUCCUGCAUUGAGUAAUAUGCUGGACCAUUUCCCCGCGAGUAGCUUUGCGUGGAGACCCAGUGCAAUACUCACAUAUUCACCAAGUCAGUUUGGUGGUAUGAGAGCGGCUAUGCAACUACGAGCGAUGACUGGAGAAUUGGGCUGUACUAGUAUAUCCAAGAUCUUCGCCAUACCGAGUCUAUACGAUGUCCUAAACGAAGACGGGACACCAAAGGAAGGCAAAAAAGAACAUCUCGUCAAAGAACUGGAUGAACUGAUGAGUCACCUUGACUGGACAGCCCAAGCUUUUAAAGACAAGAAAACCAAGAGUGGCGUUCCAUCAAGUUUAUAAAUUGCUGAUGGCCAUUCAGCAUAUAGACUGUACACCUGUGUUAUGUGCGCGUUUAUGAUGUUGCACUCCAGAGAUCUUUAUGCGUUUACUGAUCGGAGAAAACUGAAGAAUCUCUUCUAACUAUCUAAUCGGACAUUGACUGGUUUAAAUGUCGUCUCAUAUCUUUCCAGUUGGAUAUUGAUUGGUUUCAGUGUUCAUCUAUUGAUGUAAUACUGUUAUUUUGAAUGAUAAAAACAGAUAUAGUUUUGAAGCAUAUUGUAUCUAUAAUGCUAACCUAGAUUAGGACAAAAAUGUCACUUUAAUGUGAAAGUAAUUUUGGAAUUUUCAAAGGUGAUGUAUACGUCUAAAUAAUUAGAACAGAAAUUUAAGCACAAAAGAGUCAGUAAUUUAGGAUUCAGAUUGGAAUUUAAAAACAUUAUGACAAGUUUUAUUUCAUGUAAAUCCAUUAGGCUAAGAAGCCCAUGAGGCAUACAAAUACAAAACUUUAUGGUGAACAGUAACAUCAAUACUGGUACACAUAAAAUGACUUUGAAUGCAUAUGACACAAGUAAAUAAAUAAAUAUCACAUACAGGUUAUCCCAGUAGAGAAGGUUAUAUAAAGUUGAAAGCAAUCUUUAGCUUUCAUUGUCAUUUACAUAUAUAUAACUAUACGUAUACAGGUGACUGACUGGAAUAGAACUUCAUGCAUAUAUAUAGUAAUACGAUAUGAGAAAAAUAAACUGUCAAAAAGUGCAAAUUAUCAGAAUAAUUAUUUAUAUUGAUAUUCUUACACACAACAUUAUGUAUAAAUUCUGAACAAAAAGAAUAGCAAUUAAUGACUUUGGUGUUUGAAAUCAAACUAUAUAGCAGUUCUCUUUGAAUUGUAGUAAAUAAAUACGACUUCCGGUUCAUAUUUUAAUGAUCUAAUGAAAUAAAGUUUUGUUAUCAAAAUGCCACAUCUGGCGCUAUCUGAACCAUCUAAUGAAUAAAUUACCAGAAAGUAUUAUGAAAAUAACUUGGUCCCUUUUUUUAAAAAAUCGCUUUCCCGACAUAUUUCAACUUUUUAUAGUUUUAUUACAGCAUUCUCGUAAAUAUCUGACUUAGUACAUAUAUUAUUUACACCAGAGGAACUUUAAAUUUAUGAAAAGAAGCCAUGAAGUUCAUACCUGCAUUUUUAUGCAAGACACAAACUCUUCUGUUGCAGUCACGUGCCAAAUAGAAGUGAAAGCUAUAUAUAUCCCAUCGACUUGAAAACGUAAAAAUUUUCAUAUUCUGUAGUUCAUUUAUUUAAUUUUAUAUAUUAUUUUGUUAAAAACAAUGGAAGAAUAUUCAGGCGUUCCAUAAAAGAUUGUGUUGAUACGUAGGGAAAUGUUGAUGUUAACGUUGAAAACAGACAUCAUUUCAUUGCAAAUAAAAUAAAUUAAAAGAUUAUGCUAUUUUGCAGCACAGUGGGGCGGUAUAUUAACAAAAUUUGAAGAUAAGAAACGUACCACAAUGCGAUUUUUAAUAAAAUAUAGUAAGUUUUUUUUCGGAAACACAGAAUGCAGAUAAACAAAAUGAUAGCACAUUUAUGUCGAUUGCUUCACUUUAUGAGAGGUAAUGAAAUGUGCAAUUUCUGUCCGCGCAAGGUUGAAAAUACAUGUUCAUGUAAGUCUUAAUAAAAUGGUUGUUGUAACUAAUUUGUCACGCCAUUGUAGUACAUUUCAUAUUAUUAUAUUGAACCAGGGUCCGAUAUUAUAAAACUGUGUUGCCAUUGGUCAAUUUAAAAACUGAUAUCAAAAUUAACCAAUAGGAUGCUUGGUAUUUUAGACUGGUUUCCGGACUCAUUUUGUAUAAACUUGAGCCCGGAACUUGAAAGUAUUUAUAUCUGUUUUUAUACUAUUACAUAUCUUUUGAUUCGAAAUAAAACAUUUUUAAUUCUGUUGAAUACUUAUGAAUGAGACAAGUUUGCAGUUUGUCCCUUGGGAUCGCAUAUCUUUUGCAUCAAGCACGAUUAUUUGUGUAAAGUAUUUCAUUUUGUAUUUUUAAUUGAAGAAGUUAUUUGUUUUUGAAUAAAAAUAAAUGUUUU